AUGCGCCCCACCGACACUUCCAACUUCGCUCCAGCCGAAAUUUCAAAACGAAAAAUUCGUCGAGUCAAAGCGAAUGGUCGUGAGAGAGCCCGAAUGCAUGGGCUCAACGAUGCUCUGGACAAUUUGAGAGAAUACAUUCCGAUCACCACGAAACACCAAAAAUUGAGCAAAAUCGAGACAUUGCGGCUGGCGAGAAACUACAUCAACGCGCUUCAACAAAUGCUCCAAACCAAUGAGCAACCGACACCGCUAGAAUACGCUCACACGCUGGCAAACGGGUUGUCCCAAACGACAACCAAUAUGUUGGCUAAUUUGUUGCAGGUCCAGCCACGUCAUCUUCUUCCACCAUCUCAGUUCGACAUGUUCUCCGACGCCCCGCUCUUCCCCCAACACCCUCAACACCUUCAGAAUCCUCCCCACCACCAGAGCUUCUGCCCGUCUUCUGAAUCCCCGACGUCUUCUUCUUGCUCCCCUCCCCAAUACUAUUAUUCCCCAAAUCAACCGUCGGCUGCUCCUCUGCAAGCCACGUGUGAGCUGGCUCAAUACCAGCAAAUGUACCUUCAGAAUCCCAAUCGAUUUUCAUCGUAUUCUCCCUAA